GCACGCAACCCCCGGUCCCGGUCCUCCCCCGGCCGGACGCCGGAGUCCGCAAGGCAAGCCCCCAAACGCCGCCGUCGCUGUCCCCACCGUCAAGCCGCCCCCGACCGCGUCCACAUUCCACACUUGCCACCGCCCGUACAAGCGCCGAUGGAUCCUCGCUCGACGGCCGAUCCUGCCAGCUCGAGUACUUCCACCCACUCCACCACCACCACCUCCCCUACCCCUACCCCCUCCCCCUCCUCGCUGCGGAAGCGGGUGCUCUCGAUAGACACGUCGUCGCGUGACUCGCGUGGCUCGCCCGGCAGGGAGAGGGAGAGCAAGGCGCGGCAGGAGGAGGAGGAGGAGGAGAGCGUGAUGGCAUCGGCGGCGGCGUCGGAGGCGGAGAGGGAGAGGGACGUGGAGGCCGCGGUGCCGGUGCCGAUGAGCCCGGCGGGGCGGCUGUUCCGGGAGACCAACUUCAACUGCUACAUCGUGGCGGUGAUCGGGCUCGGCGCCCGGGUGGACGUCGCGGCGGCGCGCGCCGGGCUGGAGGCCACCCUCGUCCGCCACCCCCGCUUCUGCAGCGUCCAGGUGUCGGAUGAGGCGAGCAAGCGGGCGAAGCCACGGUGGGUCCGGACGACAGUGAACCUGGACGACCACCUCAUCUUCCCCGAGCUGGACCCCACCGCCACGUCAGCCAGCCCCGACCAGGUCAUCGAGGACUACAUGUCCACGCUGUCCACGCAGCCGAUGGACCACUCCCGCCCGCUCUGGGAGCUCCACGUCCUCGACUUCCCGACCUCCGAGGCGGCCGCCACCGUCGCCGUCAGGAUGCACCACUCCCUCGGCGACGGCAUCUCGCUGCUGUCCCUCCUCAUCGCGUGCACGCGCAGCGCCGCCGACCCGGCGAGGCUGCCGGCGCUGCCGCCGGCGCCGGCGCGGCGGGACGGGCCAGUGUACGCACGCCGGCGACCGCCGCUCUCGGCGGGGAUCGUGGCGCUCGCCGCGUGGGCCUGGUCCUACCUCGUGCUCGCCUUGCACACGCUCGUCGACGUCGCCUGCUUCGUCGCGACGUCGCUGUUCCUCCGCGACGCGCGCACGCCGCUCAUGGGGACGGAGGGCGUCGAGUUCCGGCGCAAGCGGUUCGUCCACUGCACGCUCAGCCUCGACGACGUCAAGCUCGUCAAGAAUGCCAUGAAGUGUACUGUGAAUGAUGUGUUAGUUGGAGUGACUUCUGCAGCAUUGUCGCGCUAUUACUUCCGCAAAGAAAAUGAUACGAACAGCGAGAAGCGUACGCGACGAAAGCACAUCCGUGUGCGGUCUGCUCUUCUUGUUAACAUCAGGAAAACACCUGGCUUACAUGUAUUGGCAGAAAUGAUGAAUUCCAACAAGAACAAUGUUGCGAGAUGGGGAAAUCUAAUUGGUUACAUCGUACUUCCUUUCCGUAUAGCCAUGUUCCACGAUCCUCUUGAAUAUAUUCGUCAGGGGAAAAGAACAGUUGACAGGAAGAAGAGCUCGUUGGAAGCAAUCUUCACUUAUUGGAGCGGCAACCUAAUAGUCAAACUUUUUGGCAUUAAGACUGCAGCUGCUCUCUGCCAUGGCAUGCUCGCUAAUACCACUCUGUCAUUCUCGAGCAUGGUCGGACCUGCAGAGAAGGUGGAGUUCUACGGGCAUCCUAUCGAGUACAUUGCCCCAAGUGUAUAUGGGCAUCCACAUGCACUGACAGUACAUUACCAGAGCUACAUGAACAUUAUCAAGCUUGUCCUCGCCGUCGAUGAUGCACAGUUCCCGGAUGCUCACCAGCUGCUGGAUGAUUUCGCUGAGUCCCUCAGGCUUAUCCGGCAGGCAGCUUCAACAAAAUCAUAGAAGCAGCUAGACUGUUUUUUCUCUCACUUUUUGAGAUUGGUAGUAAGCACAAAGAAUCACAGUGCACCCUCCAAUCAGUAAAAACUUAGUUGUACCACAAUUUUCAGCAUUCAAUAUUCUUGUCACAAUAAAAUGGCCCCAUCUGGACUGCCUAAUUUUGACACCA